UAGCAGGGAAGUGAAGGAAGGGCAGUGAUAAAGAAAGGGAGACAUGCAAAUGUGAUGGAAGAGUCGUGAUCUGGAAAUGUGGAAGAAGUGACUGUUGUUCGUGUGAUGCGAUGAGUGGAAAUGCGUUAUUGUGAUAAAAGAAAGAAAUGAAGAGGCAGAGCAAAGUUGGUAAAAUGAAACCUGGAAUUCUGAUUGAGUGAAACCAAUUUUUUUUUUCUUUCCUUUUAGACAAAGUUGGCAAGCAGAGUUGAUAAGGCAUUAUUUACUCUAGCGUGAUAAAGGAAGGAGAUAACGAAAAAAAUUUCAAAUAAGAUAAAUAUAUGAAUAAGAUAAAGCCGUGAGCACAAUUUUUUUUUUUAUACAGAAAGAAGACAGAGUUGAUAACAAUGAGACGUGGCGAUAUGUUAUCCUGACGAAAGGCAAAGUGGGUCCAAACAAACCGCCUAACCAUGAUAAUACUUGUAUUUUAGUCUCCACAGAUGUCUGAACACCCAUAGCAAAAGUGAAGAAAAGAACAAAAGAAAUUAUUUUUCAGAGACUGCCCCUGAGCCAAUCUACUGAUAUAACUGCCAUUACUGCUGCUGCUCUAUCGCCUGAAACUUAUGCGGUGACUGUGUUGAAUGAAACCAUGAUAAUGUGAUGAAGAAAAUAAGUUAUAUUCAUGAAAGGAAAUGCACAAUGAAACAGUGAAAGCUGAACGUAAGGGAAGGAAAAACAAUGAACAGUAUAAAAGGAAACUAUGAUAACUGUGAAUAGGAAAAGUUUGUGUUCGAUGAAAAGUAAAUGAAUAGAAAAUCUGUGAGAUGAACAAUGAAAGUUGGAUAUAGACAGAGAGAGCAACAAUGGAGAGGUGUUACAUACAUGAAAAAUUAACUGAUUUAACCUUGGAAAUGCACAGUAACCACCAAAAAGUUAGAGGGAAAGAUACAGAAAGAGAAAAUAUGGUGACCAAAAUUUGAUAACGGCUAUUGAAUUAAACAGUAGUAAUGGAAGAGGGCAGGUGAGGGAGAUGGUGAGAGGCUGCAGACAAAGUAGAGGAAGUGGUACAUUGCAAAGGACAAAGACAAGUGCUGAGAAGUACAUAGCAUUCAAAAGCUGGUGAUGAAUAGUGGCCAUAGAAGUAAACACCAGUAACUAAGAGGUGUGGGUGGGCCGGCAAGAUGGUGGUGGCUCAGGGUGGACGGCUGGUUCGUGGCGGUGGGGUGGCCAGCACUGGCUGUGGCAUGACACCUCGGGAACUCUCAGACUAUGAUGAUCUGGCCACCUCCCUUGUCCUGGACCAGUACCUUGGCUUCGUCACCCACAAGAUGAACAUCAGAUAUCGACCUCUUCGGGGCAACAAGGACCACUUGCUGGGCAUAAUUGAGGACUUCAUACAACACCAGGACUAUGAGAAAGCCUUCAAGCAGCUAGUCUCGGGAGAUUGGAUGCCCUGGACCUUCUUCAUCACCAAGAACAAAACAUUGCAGGCCACAUUCAAGGAACAUGUGAUUCGCUAUCUGCGGGUCUUUGACAAGGACAGUGGCUUUGUUGUAAAGGCAUGUUACCGAUAUUCCAUGGAAGGCUGUGUGGGGGCCAAGAUCUGCGCCACCAAGAAGUGUGUGGUAGGAGACGUGGGUUUGCCACAGUCUCGUAGCAUUGUUGGAAGGAUACUGCCAUCAUGCUCCUCAUGUGGUGGAGAAAGUGAAAUGAAGUGUGGGAAUGAAUUACUUGUGUGGGACUUGCCAGUGAAAGUUGAACAUGUCAUUUCCAGGUACAAGAAUGAGCAGAUUGGAUUCCUAGUUGGCUGCAUUGCUGAACUCAGUGAAGAGGAAGAAACCCAACUGCUGCACCCAGGCAAGAAUGACUUUUCAGUGAUGUACUCCUGCAGGAAAAACUGUGCCCAACUAUGGCUAGGACCUGCAGCGUUCAUCAACCAUGACUGCCGUGCCAACUGCAAGUUAACUGCCACUGGACGUGGAACUGCCUGUGUGAAGGUCCUGAGAGAUAUUGAAGAAGGGGAAGAGAUCACCUGUUUCUAUGGCGAAGAUUUCUUUGGAGACAAUAAUUCUUAUUGUGAAUGUGUCACCUGUGAAAGGCGAGGAAUGGGUGCCUUUGCUAACAAAAAGAACAGAGAUGAUGCUGAGAAGGGCUACCGUCUACGGGAAACUGAUCUGAGGUUGAGGAUAAGCCGCCAGAGAUUACGCAACCAACAGAAAACAGAACAGGCGAUGGGAAAAGGCAAGAGUGAAGCGGCUGUGAGUCUGAAAGUGGAUGGUAGUGAGAGCAAGUUGAAAAUUAAUCACUUGUCCGCUAAAGUGGAUGGUGAAGUGGUGCGACGUGAGUUGAGGACUAGAGGAGGGUCACGGGACUCUGAAAAAUCUGAUGCCAGCUCGGAGAGUGGUGGUGUUGGUGGUGGGCCACAGUCACAUGUGAAGCGUUCUGGGCCAGAGGACCUCACCCACCUGAACGGCCUCUAUCCCAAAGCCAAGAACAGGAGAACAAGUGCAGACAGUGCUCAGGAAAACAUUGACAUUUCAAAUGGAGACUGUGAUGAACCUGUGAAAGCACAUGGAGGGGAAAAAUUUGGCAAAACAACCUCAGCCAAGGGUCGUCCACAAACCAGAAGUUGUGUGGUGGCCCUUGGAAGUGCAGUUAAGGAGGGAAGCAUUGGGGACGUGGCGGCCAACAAGGUUGAGCAGAACGAUAACUGUCUGGACCCCAAAGGAAUCAAGUUGCGGAGCCGCCGCCAGCUGGCCACAGCCAUGAGGGAUGUGGGCAACACGCGCAUCCUUCGAGGCCACCACAACCGUUCUGGUGUGAAGGGUGACGGAGAAUUUUUUACGGAAGUGGUGGGAAGGGAAGAUGGGGAGACGGUGGCAGGGGCAGAGGAGCCAGCCAGUGUCUCAGGGAGUGAUGCAGAGGAGAGUGGUGGAAGGGAGGCCCCAGCAGUAGUAGCGAGAGAAACGGGGGUCAGAGAGGCGGCACCAAGCUCAAACUGCUUUGUGGAUCUCAGCCGUGUGAAGCUGACAGGUUGCAUGCAGGUGGAUGUGCUGGGGGAAGCAGCAACAGCAGCAGUAGCAGUGCCGCACCAAGGCCACGGCACCACCAACCCUGGCCUGCAGUGUGCCGGGCGACCCCCUCUGCGCAGGCUGCGGAGGCCUCCUGGUGAAAAAUGUGAUAAUUCUAGUUUAGGUUACCUUAGUGUAGGAAGUAAUUGUUCUAGGAAUAUAAUUACCAAUAACAACAACAACUCCACGGACAAGUUGUCGUCUUCGUCGUCAGUUGAACAGUCACUGCCAAGUUCUCAAUUACCUCAGCAGUCUAUUAGUGAUAAAAAGGCGUUAGACAAUAGCUUGAUGCCUCACAGCAAGAAAGCCAGGCAUUCCAAGUGCAAACAGACAGCUUUAAAAGACAGUGUAGUAGUGACAGCAACAGUGGAAUGCCAGUCUAGCCCAACCAGCCUUGAGGCUACCAAUCUGUCACCAACCAAGGAUGUGUAUGAGUUUGAGGAGGAGGAUGAUUCAACCUCCCCAGGGUCCCUUCGGGUGAGCAAGCUAGCAGCAGGGCGGUGGGGGAGGAGUGCCCCACAGUGCGAGUCUCCACCACACCCCCUGGCAGGCUACACCCCUUCCUCCCCGUCUACUGGAAUGGUUACUCCAGAGAAGAGUGGCGGGCGGUGUGGCGUCAAGCUGAGGCUACGGAUGAAACGUUCACCCGUUUUAGACGAAGUCAUAGAAGUUGGGUCACAUCUCUCGGACUCUGGUGGCGGCGGCGGCAUGACGUACGAGCCAGAGUACGAGGUGCUAACUGUGGAGGGCAUCACCACCCAGGACUAUGAGGAGCAUCACCACAGCCACCACAACCACAACCACCACCACCGCCGCCACCGCAAAAAGCACCACCGAGAGCACCGUCGCCGUUCCGACUCCUCCGAGAGUGAAAGCACUGAUGGAGACGGAUCAUCUGCUGCCGCCACUGCUGCUGCCACCUCCACCCCGAGGCCAACUAUGAAGCGACUGCGGCUUAUCUUGGGCAACGAAACCCAUACCAUCACCAUCCCUGGCACCCACCUGGACAGGAAGUGAGACACCACUGCUGUCACACCACCCUGCCAUUUCACCCCAACAAGCCAUGCCACACCAAACACCAACACCAUAAGACACUGCCAGACAUUUACUGACAACAUGAUACUGUUUCCCACACCACAACACACCACACUACACUUCAGUACAUUCAUCAUCACUUCACUACACUGCACCACAUCCCAUACAUAACCCUUUGGACAACCCAGCUACCAUCACCACCGCCACCACCACCUGCCUCCCCAUCUCACCUCCCUUCCACAAACGUACCGCCACAUGUUUCUGUAAGCAGUUUUUUCAAGCAAGUCUUUCAGUUUUCAAACCAAUAAGUACAUUAAACUAUUGUAGUAGAAGACAGUCCCUCCUCCCUCCCCUCCCACAGCCACCACUGAUAACAUGGGACUCCACCAUUGCCAUUUCAUUGACAUGUAAUAUAUCUCAAGCCAGACCCUCAUCUGCUCCACUCCAUCACAGCCUGGGACAGUGUUUGGCCAAGCACUGGGCUGCAUUGUACGCCUCCUGAAGGACACCAUGGCACAGUUGACCCAUUGCAUUGUGGAAUGAAAUUGGCACUGUGUUUUCAUGGAGUACAGUAAGUUUUAUUUAUAUUUUCUUAAUUUUUUAUUGCUAGAUUUUUUCUGAAUCUUACUUUUACUUAUUUUUACUCGGGUCGUGGGACUAGACGUGUUAAGUGCACUGAUCCUACCCUUUUUAUCCCCAAAGAUAACUUCCUUUUACAAUUUUAGUCAGUACGGUAAUGGAAAUUACAGGAAGAAUUUUAGGUGAAUUUUUCAUGUUUUAGAGUUGAUGGGAAUAAAGUAAAAUGGAAAGUACCUUUUCAACAGCAGAGUACAGAUGGAAGGGUAAUGUUUUGUUUUGAUAUAUGUACACCUAGAAGACUGCACAACAAAAGUUAAGCCACUUGCUUAGAUCUGGGGUGCUUUAUUACAGAGUUUUAUUUUUGCUUAAAUUUUUAUUUUGAUGAAAAGAUUAAUACUAAUACAAUGUAUGAUGUAGAGUGUAAAGCAGUUGCUGCAAUACAAACCAUUUGCAUAGCUAUGGUACAUGUCUUGUUUUUUCAGCUUUAUAUAAAUGUAAUUGGUCACAGGUGAGGGAAAGUGUAUGUGGUCUCAGGUGAUGCAAAGGUAUUUGGUACACUUGGGUUAGAGAAAGGUAUUGGUGAACGUUUAAUUUCAAUAUGGGUAUUGUAUGUUAAUGUGAUGCAUGUAGUAACAGCCCUCAUGUAUCUUGAUGUGCAUUCCAUCUGCACAGAAUUUGAUGAGCCACAAUUAUUUUCAGUCCAGAAGGUCUGUAGGACACACACACACACACACACACACACACACACACACACACACACACACACACACACACACACACACACACACACACACACACACACACACAAAACAC